GAUAUUCCGAGGUUCAAUAAACGCACCGUGGCUGGGAGGUAUCGCUCCUCCUCUUUGCUGCUGGACUGCCUGUCCGACAUCCACUGAGUCUUCGGGUCGGACUCAGUCACUUCUGGUGGGGAAACGCCGGCGGCGCUGAAGUCUUUUGCGGUUGAAUGAGUGGAUGAGGGACCUUGAAGUCGUCACCAGCGCCCCACAAACGUGAAUUCCACUGUUUAAAGGAUACACGACGCAAAUUGAGUAUUGCACCAUUGGAGGAGCAACAGUUGUCAGGCCGUGCUGACCACAACCAAGCCAUGGAGGACGGGAAACCAGUGGGGGCCCCCCACCCCACAGACGGGUUCCAGCUGGGCACUAUCGUGGAUAUCGGAGCCGACACGUUAACCAUAGAACCGCUGAGCCAGAAGGGCAAGACAUUCCUUGCGCCGAUGAGCCAAGUUUUUCCUGCAGAAGAUGAUGUCAACAAACAUGUUGAGGACAACUGCUCCCUGAUGUAUUUGAAUGAAGCCACUCUACUCAACAACGUCAAAGUGCGAUACUCAAAGGAACAUAUCUAUGUAUGUCUUCCAUCCGCUCUUACACUUAUUGACAAUGGAGCGUAGGCAGUAGAGGUGUCAAAAUUAAUCGAUUAA